AAAAAUGCGUCUCCAGGCAACGGCGGAGCGCGGCGUCACUUCCUGCCAUUUAAACUCGGGUCCCCACCCCUGGCAGCCCGGGCUCCUCAUUUCCAGUGGCCCUCCCUCGGCUGCUCGUGGGCAGCAUUCACGCUUGCCCGGGCUUGGGGCGGGGGCGGAGGCCCUGCGCGCCCAGCGAGCGGCCCGGAGGCUCGAGGGCGCUCGGCGCACCUGUGGCUCGCGGGAGCCUGCCACCCUCUUGGCGAGUGCGGGGAACUGCGGCCGCGGAGCCCGGCAGGUGGCCGCGGGCGGCGGAGCGCGGGGGAUCCCCGACCACCCUGGUGGAGCCCAGAACGCGAUGGCGGCGGCCGAACCCGCCAACUCCGGCCAGCAGGCGCCGCAGGUCCAGGGCCAGAACCAGCGGCCGCAACCCGCGCAGCCUGCUCAGCCCUCGCAGCCGUCGCAGCCAGCGCAACCGCUGCUCGCGGGCCUCGGGGGCGGCAGCAGCCGGCACGAGAAGAGCCUGGGGCUGCUCACCACCAAGUUCGUUUCGCUGCUGCAGGAGGCCAAGGACGGCGUCCUGGAUCUCAAAGCGGCUGCAGAUACUUUGGCUGUUAGGCAAAAAAGAAGAAUUUAUGAUAUCACCAAUGUCUUAGAAGGAAUCGACCUGAUCGAAAAGAAAUCAAAAAAUAGUAUCCAGUGGAAAGGUGUAGGUGCUGGCUGUAACACAAAAGAAGUUAUAGAUAGAUUAAAAUUUCUUAAAGCUGAAAUUGAAGAUCUAGAACUGAAGGAAAGAGAACUUGACCAGCAGAAGUUGUGGCUACAGCAAAGCAUCAAAAAUGUGAUGGAUGAUUCCAUUAAUAACAGUACAUUUUCCUAUGUGACUUAUGAAGACAUCUGUAAUUGCUUUAAUGGUGACACACUUUUGGCCAUUCAGGCACCUUCUGGGACACAGCUGGAGGUUCCUAUUCCAGAAAUGGGUCAGAAUGGACAAAAGAAAUACCAGAUAAAUUUAAAGAGUCACUCAGGACCUAUCCAUGUACUGCUUAUAAAUAAAGAGUCCAGUUCGUCCAAGCCUGUGGUGUUUCCUGUCCCUCCACCUGAUGACCUCACGCAGCCUUCCUCACAGUCCUCCCCUCCAGUGAUACCGCAGAAACCCAGCAUGGUACCACAGAACCUGCCUGAGCAGCCUGUCUCUGAAAGAAGCCAGAACCUCCAGCAGAUUCCCACAACAGAAAUAGCCUCAGGUGAGGCAAAUGUGAAUAUUGUAUUAAAUAUUUUGAAAGGCUUUAAUGAAUUUCAGGUUCUAUUAGUGGAGAUAUCAUUGACGAGUUAAUGUCUUCCGAUGUGUUUCCUCUCUUACGGCUUUCUCCUACUCCGGCUGAUGACUACAACUUUAAUUUAGAUGAUAACGAAGGAGUUUGUGAUCUGUUUGAUGUCCAGAUACUAAAUUAUUAGAUUCCCUGGCCACUUGGGACUGUUAUCUACCUCUAACUGUAACAUUUUAGACUUCUCAAUAACCUAAGUAUUUAAAAUAAUGAAUGUAACACCUUUUAGUUCACUGAUUCUCAAAUGUUCUUUUUAAUACUUUUUUUUUUUAACUUCACAAAACUUCAUACAACAAAGGGCUCUACUGCUUCAGGGGAAAAAUAAAUUUUAUAUUCACCUUCCCCAUAUAAUAGGGAUUUCAAUUUUUCUUCCAGUUCUGAAUCCUUGUGUGGAUUCUUCAGAGAAGAAAGCUAAAGCAGACUUCAGGUCAUCAAAAGCAAAAACGUUGGCCAAGGGCUAAUCAAUUUGUCUUGUAUUUUGACUGCCACAAAGUUGUAUUUUGAUAUGUCCUUCAGCCCAGAUACUCACUGCCAUUUAUAGGUGAAGGAUGUAACUGUUUCAGUGGACAGAUUUUGUGAAGUGCCUUCUGUUUUAGCACUUUAAGUUGAUCACAUAUUGUUGACUUCUGACAUUCCACUUUCCUAGAGCCUAGGAAAGAUCUGUUUAUGUAGUUUGUUUGAAAAAUGUGCCAAUGCCUGUACAUUAACAAGAUUUUUUAAAAAAAUAAAGUUGUAUAAAACAUU